AUGACCUGCUUUCCAAGGCGACCCGCAACAUUGGCAUCAUCGCCCACAUUGAUGCAACUAUUCCUGAUUCCUUACACUAAGAAUCUCUUCUCCGUUUUCUUCAUUCAUGAGAACGGCUAUGAUUUUUCUUCCCGUCCAACUUUCCGAACAUUGCCUGCAUUCCUCCUUGGCCUCUACUGGGCUUUGCAACAGAUGCCGGGAAUAGACGUCGAUGAGGGCUCAACAGUGACCGACUUCCUCCCCGCUGAGAGAGCGCGCGGCAUCACCAUCCAAUCUGCAGCCAUCACAUUUCAUUGGCCUCCUCUCCCACCGAAUGCUCAAACACCGCCUCCCGCACUACAACUACCUGAAUCAUUUGACAACGUUCUUCGAUCUUCGGCAUCACAUAACAUUAAUCUUAUUGACACGCCCGGCCAUGCUGACUUCACCUUCGAGGUACUUCGUUCGCUGCGUGUCCUGGAUGGUGCUGUAUGUAUCCUAGAUGGCGUUGCCGGCGUCGAAGCACAGACGGAAAAGGUGUGGACGCAAGCAGGGCAUUAUCACAUCCCAAGGAUCAUCUUCGUCAACAAAUUAGAUCGUGUAGGCGCUGCCUUUUCGCGGACUGUCAAAGAAAUCGGCACAAGGCUGAAUGGAUGGCCCGCUGUUUGUCAAAUACCGUGGUGGCAAGGUGAAAAUGGGGACUUCGUCGGCGUUGGCGAUGUCGUCAAUUUGCGCGGCAUGCUAUGGAAGACAGGAGGUGAUGGUAGAGAUAUUCAAGCUUUCAGUCUAGAGGAUUUGGAAAAGACCGAUGGGAAGUUUGCUGAAGAGAUAAAGAAGGCCAGAAUUGCGCUCGUCGAGAUAUUGAGUGAGCAUGACGAUGUGAUGGUCGAGCAUUUUCUCGAGCACGACGAGGAUCAUCUGGCCAUUUCAGGAAUCCAGAUAAUGCAUUCCCUCCGUCGGGUUGUACUACAAGCACCACAGAAGGUGGUUCCUGUCUUCGCCGGCGCUUCGUUCCGUAACAUCGGUGUGCAACCACUUCUCGAUUCCGUCGUUGAUCUGCUCCCUUCGCCACUCGAACGUCCUGACCCGGAGAUCAGUAUAGCAGGUCAGCGCCAUACUCUCUCGGCACUUCUGGAUUCAGCAGCAGCAGUGGCAGCAUCAAAGAAGCCUAGUAAAUCUGGACGGAAACCACAACAGCAGGACAAGGGCUUGGCAAUUGCGGAGGUGAAGAACCUCGUAGCCUGUGCCCUUGCCUUCAAAGUCGUCAACGAUCCCAAGAGAGGCGUCUUAGUCUAUGUCCGCGUCUACUCCGGUUCUAUCGAUCGCGGGUCCACAUUGUACAACACCAAUCUUUCCGUCGCCGAACGCGCACCACGACUGCUCAAGAUGUACGCCAAUGAUGCCGUAGAGGUAGAAAGCAUCGGGUCAGGGCAAAUUGGUGUCAUCACUGGGCUCAAAUACGCACGAACAGGAGACACACUCAUUGUAUACCGUGGGUUGCAGAUGAAAGGUACGCCGCCUGGUGCGCUAGAUACGUUACAGCUCCGGCCAAUUGCCGUUCCUCCACCAGUAUUCUUCACAAGCAUCGAACCGAACAGUCUCAGUGAGCAGAAGCAUGUCCAAGAAAGUCUCGAGAUCCUGCUACGAGAAGAUCCAAGUCUUCAUCUUUCAGUCGAUGAUGAAUCCGGUCAAACACAUCUAGCAGGGAUGGGCGAUCUGCAUCUAGAGAUAGCGAGGGAUCGACUUCUCAAUGACUUGAAAGCAAAGGCAAGAAUUGGAAAGAUUGAAAUUGGAUACAGAGAGACGAUCACGACGACAUCGACAGAGCCAUUCACGUUUGAGCUCGAUAAGCUGAUCGCCGGUAAACAGGCCAAAGCUGGUAUCACUGUCUUUGUGGAACCUAUCGAUGACAAGAUUAUCGUGCCUGGUACCCAACAGGACGAGCAGCAAAUACAAGACAGCGUCUUCGAAACUACCUACAAGUUACCAGAUAACAACACCCUUCACAUCGCACAUCCCAAUCUCUCUUCACACGACUCGGCAAGCCACAAAAAUCAUAUCCCGCCACACCUCUCUCUCCCAAGCAUAUUACACUCCAUUCAAGCCGGCGCCAGCGCUACACUCGCACGUGGUCCUUUCAAUGGCUUCCCCGUCGCAAAUACACGAGUCAGUAUUCAACUAGACGCGCGCGCUCAUCUUUUCCCGGAAACAACCCCGACUGCUAUUUCAAUGGCAGUCAGGGCUGCCGUUGGAGCUAGUCUGCGUACAGCAUGCAAUUUAGCCCCCACAGUUCUUCUGGAACCUGUUAUGAACGUAACCAUCUUCGUCAACGAAAACUCAAUGGGCGCUGUUGUACAAGACAUCUCUUCUUCGCGUGGCGGUCAAGUACUUUCAUUGGACGGUUCCAUAUCUACUUCUUCUUCCGAAGAGAUUGAUAUACCUCGAAUUGAUCCAAACUUGAUUUACACACCACCUGACCCCUUUAGCUCCGGUACUGGAGAUAUGCGGGGUGAAGUCGCAGAUGGCCAGCGCCAGAUUGUGGCGAGGGUACCAUUGAAGGAGAUGGUCGGCUACUUGAAUCAUUUACGUGCUUUGACAGGUGGUAGAGGCACUUUUGUGAUGAGUGUAGAUGGGUUUGAGAAGAUGGCGAGCCAAAGGCAGAAGGAGGUCCUUGAUGCCAUGCGUGAGUUCUAG